CUGGUAAAUAGGAAGUGCGGCCUUCUCUCUAAUUAUGAUUAGCGUUGUCGUCUAAUUUCCCAUCCACUAUAUGUGUGUGGUGUUAGGGCAAGAGUGGGUCGACAGCACAAUGAAUUCUGUAAAGUUUAGUAAAAGUAGCGGAUCGUUUAUUUCGUAUAUUAACUUUGAAGAGAGGAAAGGUGAAACACCGCCAACUAGCACAACUACACCACUGUCACAGGCUGACGAGGAUAUGGCGAGUUCGGCAGUCAGUUGGCUCGAGGACUGCUGCCAACCGCGUUUAUCGCCUAAAGAAGUUGUGCUCAACACUGUUACCAGAGUGCUCAAGUUCGACACGUUCGGCGAUCUUAACUCAGGCGUUAAUGGUGCGUUGUAUUGUACCAACUUGAAGCUUAGCUUCGUACCAAUGAAGAAUCUUUCCGAGCUGCUGGAAAUCGGCACAGACGAGUCGUGGCCCCUGGGGGCGUUUGAUGUUUGUCUCACAAACAUCGAAAGCGUCGAGCAGCUGAGUGGCGGUCGACGCAAACGGCUAGGCGCAUCGGCGGGGCUUGCCGUACCCGUGGAAACUAUCCAAAUUAUUUGCAAGGAUUUUCGAGUGUUCACGUUCUCGUUCCGCUUUUCGCCGGCCGAAGAUGUGGUCAAGGCGUUGGACUAUCUCGGUCGCCAUCCGUUCGUUAAUUCGCCUGACCGGCUGUUUGGGUUCGAAGAGCCGCUCCAACAGACCGUCGCUGGCUCGAAAAUGCAGAUAUCGAAAAUCACAGAUGACUUUUUAUCAUGCUAUGAUCCGGCAGCCGAAUGGGAAGCGGAACUAAAGCGCUGCAAUGCCACUGACGCUUUUAGAGUGACCGACCUAAACAAGAGUUUCAGUUUCAGUGAAUCUUUGCCACGAAGAUUUGCUAUACCGAAGCAUAUUACGGAUCACAAAUUGGAUAUCGAAUCUAAACAUUAUAAGGAUCAUCGGGUACUUGUGUGGAGCUUCACAAAAGGCUCGACACAUCUUCUUCGCGGCUCAUCGCCGGAUUCGUCAAGUUCGAAAGACUCCCGUUAUCUCAGUUUACUCGAGUGUCAACGCUCUGAGCUGGAGGAGUUUGAUAUCGAACUUUCGUGUCCUGGAGUGCGUGAGAUCCAGCAGAGCUAUACUCGACUAAUGGCAAUGUGUACGCCAAGUAACAUGCAAGAAUUGGAUGAAAUUGAUGCACACUUUUUGUCUAGGAUCGAGGAGACCCGCUGGCUAACAAAUGUGUCGUUAUGCCUUAAAGAGGCUCAAAAGGUCGCGGUUGCUGCGGUGGACCCGAAGUAUAAAUUCGUUUUAGUUCGUGAACGAACUGGAGUGGAUAUGUGCGCCGUAAUUUGUUCUUUAGUGCAAGUGAUUCUGGAUCCCCGGUGCCGAACGCUACGAGGUCUGGAGAACUUGAUUAGUCGGGAAUGGGUAGCUAUGGGACAUCCAUUUGCGGAACGACUUGGGCAUAUCCGCGGUAUUAGCUGUAACAACACGCCGCUAGAGCCUGCGCCGAUGUAUCUACUUUUCCUUGAUUGUGUGUGGCAAUUGUUACAGCAAUUUCCGACCUGUUUUGAAUUUUCGGAGACUUUUCUCUGUCGCAUGUGGGAUCAUUGCCUUGUUAGUCUCUAUGAGGCUUUCGUAUUUAACAAUCACAAGGAGCGAAGUAAGGCAAAGCAGAACGGGUCGAUGUAUCGGCGCUUGUUUGACUGGUCCGAUUGGUUGGGCCCACAAGACCUUGAGCUGUUCCGAAAUCCCUUCUACCUUCUCAGUAAUAAUUUUCGAAUAAAGGAAAAUCCAUUAGAAUUAGACUAUACGGUUAAAGGUCUCGACUUAUGGUCGCAGUGCUAUUUCCGUUGGAUUCCGAAAUCGGAAGUCGUCAAUGGCGAUCCUGCGAUGCUGUUCACCUUUCAUCUCCGAGUCGCCAAGGACAUUGAAUCAUUGAACAAGCAAUUGGAAUCGUUAAACAUGAAUGCGCAAUCGGAAGGCGUGCAACUUCGCAAUUGCAAUAAGAAACGACUGCCUUCCGAUGAAUUCUUGGCAAACGCGCGUCGAACGUCGCGUUUGAUAAAACCCGGCUCAGAUUUAAAAAUGAACGUAAUCACCUCUUCCUUCCCAUUUGCCCCUCCUGGUCCAAUUGAUUGGGGUUCAUUCCAUGCUAGCUGCCACACGUCGCAAUUGUCAGCUGUUCUUGGCGAUAUACAAGAAGAUGGAGCUGAUGCCCAAGAAGCGCCCCGAUGAUGCGUCGACCUCGUCGCUUUUAGUCUUUAUUAUCAUUAUUCACCCUUUUUUGUUCUCGGGCUAACUAAAUUUGGGCAAGAAAUAAAACAUAUAUAAAUUAUCUGUAUAGAGCACUAAGUCAAUACGGGUUAAAUAUGUAUGAAGUGAGGGAAGCAAUACAGUGUGCAAUGUUGCUACACGUAUAAAAAUACAUUAGAAUAUAUAUAUUGCACGCAACAGCGUGUGUUGGCAAACCAUGAUGCAUUUGAUUUUGUCAAGUUAACCAUUCGCAAGAAGACCAACAUUUGCUAUGUGCGUUCAGGCUCUGUGAAUUUGUCUUGUUAUCGAGUUUUGCAGACAAAUAGAAUCCUAGUAGGGAGUAUUUUCACCAGGAAGUGGUUCCCAAGACAAAUACGGGCAAGUUAUCGCAAGAUCCAGCUUGAUCGCUUUUUAAAGUGUAAAAAAAUACCCGUUAGUUAAAUAGCUGAUAUUGGUAGUUGUAGUGGCGUUAGUUAAAAUAUUAGUUACCGAUAAAUACUACUAUCAAGCUCAUUGGACUAGCGAUACUAUGAACGAAAAUACCACAGUAAUAAAAUUAGUAAAAGUCAAUGUUAAUAUUAUUACUGCAAUUAUAUUGUACUAAUUAGCUUAGUAGUUAAAAGUCAGUGAGGUGGCUGUAUGUUGAAACAAAAUUGGUAUGAGAAGAGUAUAUAAAUGGAAUAAAAAAGCUAUUGGAAGAGUCCGCUGAGGAUGUAUGAAGCUAAAAACCAAUGAAAAUAUUAUUGUAUGAGAAAUGAGUAGACUGAGAUUAUCAAUAAAGAUUUUGUAUCGACAUGGUAUGCUGAUGUCUGAUUUUGUCGUAUACGUUCUGACGUAAAUGCACGAAUCAACAUUACUUGAAAAUUUCUUGCAAUUAAUAGUUUGAGUGGUAAAGUCUUCAUGAAGAAAAUAUUGUAUCAGGUGCUUAAAUGGCAGAGAAUUAGGCUAGCUGCCUUUCAUUCAGCGACUUGUGGCGCUAAAAUUACGAUUGAUUGAUUUUGGAGACUCAUGUUUAUUAAUAAAUGCUUGGUCCAAUAGGAUUGUCCCAUUCGAAGGUUUUUCAUCGAUAGCUCUUUAUGCACUUAACACCUCGCUUGUUAAGGUUUCUAGGCCAGAUAUAAUUUGCAAAUACUUAGGAUUAUGCUUUUCCGGUAUAACUAAGUGACUAGAAAAUAUGUCUUUGAAGUUAUUUGCACUUCAGUGUGGGUUGAGCUGAUUUUCACCUUUUACUGAAGCUUACCAACUUACAAAGUGACUUUAAGGUGUUUUUACAGGCAUUGUUCGUGUAUUGUGUACAUGUUUCGUAUAAGCUAAAAUUGUUCAGUGCGAUAACCUUGUGAUUACAGAUAAGUUCAUUAUGAAAUUAGGAAAAAAUGUGAGUAGUCUGUUGGACUUUACAGAUAAGUACAGGCUGAAGCGGUUCACGUCGUGUUUUUGUUUUAUUUUUGGUGUUCUGCAGUGCGAUCGGAGAGAAAGAGGCAGCAUUUAUGCAUCCUAUGGUUGUUUGUUUCGUUAUUUAAUUACACUUAUACAGGCGGUGUUAUUAUUGUAGCAUGAACCAGCCCACUAUAAAUACGAUCGGAGUGUGAUAAGUGUAUUUUGAGGAAACGUAAGGGCAAAUAACAAUUAGAUGAUAAUAGAGGUAAUGUCGUUACUAAAGGUACAUGCUCUCCCUACGUUAAUAAUUAUGCAUUGUCAUUAUUAUUAAAAAUACGUAAGCUAUAUCAACUUACGGCGAUUUCCAUAGAUAAGCGAUGCUGCGCUAGAUCUUCGUUAUUAUAACGAUGGCUUAGCAAAGAUACACAAUCUACUUUUGACGCUUCAAAUUAAUAUGUCGUUGAGGACCCAUAUAAGUUUUUGGAGCAUUAAGUAACAUUUUGGAAGGUUACCACUUUAAAUGGAAUUAUUUAUUUACGGAUUACGUAUUUCAUAUUAUCAUGCCAACCAAUAAUACUGGCGAGCGCUUUGUAGGAAGUGUCACACGGUAUGUCAGCUAAAAAAUGUCCACUUUUUUAGAGAAUACAUCAUGGAAGACUGACAAAUAGUUGGUGAAAAUGCACUGCGAAGAUGCACAUACUUUUCACACUUCAGAUAUGGCUAUAUGUUAUCGCAAAAAUACCUCCUGAUGCAUACAUUUAAAUCGAUGGUGAUGGGUUGGAUUUAUAUGAGAUUUAUCAAGAAAAAUUACCGAGAAAGAAGAAGCUCCAAGUGUGGUUCCAUUUUUUCGUAAAAUCAAGAGUUGCUGAAUGUUGUACCUCUCAAGUCUAUCUUCCAUAUAUAGCGUCUAUUUCGAGACAUACAUUAAUGUCAAAUGUAUUUGGUUGCAUAAUCUAAAUACAUGGGUU